AUGGCACCAGAGAUCAAUUUACCCGAUCAUCUAGGCAGGCGGUGCUCAUUGCACGCAACAAUUGCUUUAGGAAGACCGAUCAUUCUGUUCUUCUUCCCUCUUGCGGGAUCGCCGCAUUGUACAAAAGAAUCUUGCAUGUUUCGUGAUGCUUUGGGGUUAACACCAAUUUUCUCUGAACUACAAGCGAUCGUCAUCGGAAUCAGUCAAGAUCCUCCGACACGUUCAAAAAGAUUCGUGGAUGAACAUCAUUUAGGUUACAGAAUCUUACACGACGAAAAGAGAGAAGCGAUGGAAGCAUAUGGUGUUCAACGUGCGCUGUUAGGUCUAAUCGACCAAAGAUGCACAUUCAUUAUCGAUCCUAGCGGAACGAUCAGAGCAAUGGCACAGGGUGUCUUUGACGCAGAUGGACACGUCUUGUUCGCUGAGAAAUGGCUUAUUCGAUUGGAA